AUGAUGCUGGAGACUGUGAUAGGGCCAGGCGCGGGGAGCAGAGCGCGUGAUGGUGCGGGUGGGGGUCCGGGCAUCUCGUGGUGGUCUCCCCGCUCACCCUGUGCCUCCCCGCAGGUGCUCUCGGGAUGCGCCAUCAUCGUCCGUGGGCAGCCCCGCGGCGGGCCCCCUCCGGAGCGACAGAUCAACCUCAGCAACAUCCGCGCCGGCAGCCUCGCCCGCCGCGCCGCCGCCGGCCAGCCGGACGCCAAGGACACCCCGGACGAGCCCUGGGGGUUCCCGGCCCGGGAGUUCCUGCGGAAGAAGCUGAUCGGGAAGGAGGUCUGCUUCACCGUGGAGUACAAGACCCCGCAGGGCCGCGAGUAUGGCAUGGUGUACCUGGGCAAAGGUGAGCGCGAGGGGGCUGGUGGGCACGCGCCGAGCUUGCGGCGAGGGCUCGUGGCCGGGGCGCUGCCCGAGGAGG